AAUUUAUCCAAAUGCCGCAUGUAUCCUCAGUGCUUACGGUCAGAGAACUUCUACGUAUGCUCAAGGAUCCGAAAGAUGGUAGAAGAGACCGGGCUGGAUGACACUGCCCUCCUCCACGUCUUUCGAACCGAUUCAAGCCAUAGAAAAUGGGCUGGGCGGUACAUGCAAGUCGAGCGCCGUCUACGGACGGUAUGGAGCGUUCACUCUUCCUGGUGCCAAGCCUUCCCUACAGCCGCAUGUGGAUGCUCUCGACAUCAGGAAGGUGAACUCCCACUGAAGUCGUAGAAUGGCCUGGUCAAAGAAUUAUUGGAUAUUUGCGCAGUCCGCGUUUGAAAUGAUGUCCGUCUUGAGCCCGAUCCCGGUGGCGAGCUUCUUCUAUGGUACUUGCGGGAUACGGUCACCGCGAAACUAUGUCCGGCCUGUCAUGGAGUAUUGACAGAUGCCGCCGAAGAUCAGUUAGUCCGCCUGCCACACCUGGUGAUCAUGGCACUGUAGGGCUUUUUCAGUCUGCCCACAGCGGCCAAAACUGUCCUAUGCUCAACCGCUUCUCGACCGCGCAUGGAGUCCUCGUGUGAUCUUGACACUGCGCACUAUAUCAUCCCACUCCCCCCGCUCCACUUCCUGUGCAGUACCAAACUUACCUCUUGUUAAUCCCUCUCUGGGUUCUGUUUGACUGUCUACCACGAUGUUAGGCUCUCGUGCCCUUCUCGCCUUCGCCCUCGCCCUCGCCUCAGUCGCAGUCUCGCAGACCUACAGCGCGACAUAUCUGCCUUCUAACGCGCCCAAACAGUCGGAGGAAGGCCAGUCGGGCACCAACCAAUGCGGUAGCGGUAAUGAUCAGAACUCUACGUGCCAGAACCUCUAUGUCAACGCCAUUGAUGACUGGUGUAUCUACGGCCCUCCUCAGCCCGGAGCGGGUUCGACUAUCGGAGAGACCGAGCGCAUUGAGGUCGCAUGGUGCAUUAAGCCUGGCUACGGUACACGGCUCAUCCCUGAUGGCGCUAUCACCGGGGCGCACUUCAUCCAAACACCGGACUACGUCCAGGUUUUGGGUGUCGGUGACCUGACGAAAAUCAACGUUCCUGCGGGCGAUACGGGAGGCGAGCUUGACCCACAUGGUCAGGAUGGAAAUGGCAACCCGAUCGGCGGUCUCGUGUUCACAUCUGCGUUCGGUUCUCUCGCCCAGGCGCACGAGUGGACGAACUUCGUCUCAGACACCGAGUUCUGUAUCCGCGUCUGCAAAGAUGGUCCGAACGCCCCCGCUCUAUGCCAGCACAUAUACGACACGAUGGGCUGCGAAUGGAACAUGCCUGGCGAUUAUUCGAGCGGUUCAUUCGACACGUGUAAGGGUGACUCCGGCGAGCCUAUGGGUGUCUACGGCGGCUCGACUUGGUUCCAGGGCCAAAACCCGACGCCCUCCGCACACCCCGCGCCUGCGUCGUCUUCAUGUGUCACCACUAGCACGAUCGGGAAUGGCCUUGCUGUGUCUGCCACCAGUACUUCCUCCAGUGCAAGUGGGUCCUCGACUGCGACCGGCUCCAGUUCCCACUCUGGCUCGACCUCCGGCUCCGGUUCUCAGUCUGCGACGAGCGGUUCGCCGUCCCAAACUGGCGCUUCUGGGAAGAACGGCGCUGCGCCGCUCUUGGGUCGUGGCCUUGAGUUGGCGAUCGCUGGAGUGGCGGUCGUCGCUGGUGCUGCCCUCUUUGCAUGAACAAAGCUCGCUUGCGGAUCCUCUCAGGCGCUUCCAUUGAUGCUCUCCCUACUCUUCAUGCCAAGCUCGGACGUUCGAUGCUAAUCAAACAUCCGUAUUAACGUAUAUACCAUACGGACCGCUCACAUUCUAGUCAUGUCUCUUAGUUUUUGUUCCUCCAGUGCAGAAGCGUUUGGACGCCCUUUCAGGAUACACUCGCUGUGUAGCACAAGCGGUUAUACUAGCUACACCAUACCAUUCUGUAAUGAUUGCAUGACUUCAUUCACUUCCCG